AUGGUAAAAGAAAAUAUUCCUUUUACUGGACCAGUAGCAAACUUUACCGACAGAAUUACGGAAUUAGAAGCAGAAAAUUCAAGGUUAAUGGGUGAGGUCAACAAGUUAAAGGAUACUACUACGGCAGAGUUAAUAUUUAAGCGAGAUGCUAAAGAGGCCGCGAACCAGCUUACAGCGGUGCGAUAUAUAGCAGAAUUAGAAAACAAGCACCUAAAGAGGGAUAUUCAAAAAUGGGCUACUAUAGCAGAAGAUUUUAGAUUACACACAGGAUCUCACCUAAGAGACGGGGUGCAAAGACAGGGGGCAGAGACAAGGGGCAGAGACAAGGGGCAGAAAAUGGUGCCUUGCCGGAUUCUAAUUAUAUCCGGGAUCGACGAGGAGCCGCAUCGGGCCCCCUAA